GCAAGGCACACACACACACACAGAGCCACUGCAGUGACAGAGCAGAGGGAGACUCCCAGACACUGCAGGGGAACCACAGGAGCUGGCAAUCUACACUGCAAGAUGCUCCAUGUAUUUAACCCCCUACGAAAGUCUGGCAGUGAAACCUGUCUCUCUCCUGAAAACCCUCAACACUGGAAGCGUUUAGCUAUCAGAAGACAACCGCCUACUGAUGUCCCUGACCCUUCAUCCAACAUUGCUUCAGCCUUGCCCGUCCCGGAAGUGAGGGUGGAACGCUCAUUCAGUGCGGGUAACUUAACUUGUGACAGUGAUGAAGAGGAAGGGUCAGAAAACAGAACUCUGGGGGUCCCAGGAGCCAUGUGGAGGACACUGAGCGAGUCUCAUUUGGACUCAGGAGGCAGGGGGGAGACCCUUGGUGAGAAGCAGAAGUCUGGCAGUGGAUGGAGCUUGCCAUCACCAAAGACAUUAAGGAAGAAGAGGAGAGCUGCAAAAGUGACCGUUGCAAAACAGAAUCUUCUGUCAUUUUUUAUGGGAUCCUUUAAGUCGCUGGCUUCCAGUGUAGAAACAGAUAUCGGAUCAGUGUGUGAAACUGACAGAGCUCCAAGACACAAAAAGAAGGAACAGAAGCACAAAAGAAGUCAUUUGUCCCUGUUCCGACUCUGGCCAUCGCACUCGUCUCACAUUACACGGCCCAAUAUAGAAGAGGUGCAGCACUGGGGACAGUCGCUUGAUAAUCUGCUCUCUCACCCAUAUGGGCGCGCUCUCUUUCGUGUGUUCCUACAGUCAGAGUUCAGUGACGAGAACCUGGAUUUCUGGUUGGCGUGUGAAGAUUAUAGGGAAAAGCACCCAAACUUCAUCCUGCACAGCAAAGCACGCAAGAUCUAUCAGCACUACAUUGCGUUUCAGUCCCCUAAAGAGGUUAACCUAGACGCCAGCACAAGAGAAUUGACUGAACACAACCUCCUACUCCCGACACGUACAGCCUUCGAUGAGGCCCAACGCAGGAUCUACGGCCUAAUGGAGGGAGACUCCUAUCCCCGGUUUUUGCGUUCCGAUCUCUAUCAGAGCCUGCUCCACUCUCCUAAUGGGGCAUGCUGAGUGAAGAGAAAAGCAUGGUGACCCUGGGGAUGAAAAGGAGCCAGCCUGACCCCCCACCGAUCUGGGAACAGGUUCUCAGAACUUGAAUGGACCAAGUUUAAAAGGUCAUUUUGUAGGACUGCAUGACCCAUGUCAAGGUGGGUUCAGUGAUGCCAAAGCCUGUCAGAUGUGGCCAUUUUGAUCAAUGAGUAUCUCUUGAAGUAUGCCCUGUUUUGAUCCAGAAUGGACCAAAAUGCUUCUAUGCCAUAACCCGCUAGGCCAAGCCAUUUUUGAACUGUAGAGCUUUUGCCUUUUUUUAGUCCUUUUGAAUCAAAACUGUGUCAGAAUUGGCCAUUUUGAUUCAAGAUGGAGUCUAUGAUGUCAGCGCUUGUUGUCUGUGAUAGUGUUGGCUAACCUGAACACUAAUGGACAUAUGCAGACCAAGAGAAAUCAGUUUUUCGCCAUGUUGGCUUGAGGAUGGCCACAGAUGUAGGCCCCAAGCAUGUAACCGUGGCCAUUCUUGAACACUAUUCAUUUUACUCCUAAGCCAUCUUUUUAUUGAUUUUAGGUAGACUGUAAUCCAUUCCAAAGGCUUUGCCCUUUUUCCAGGGUUUGUUGGGGUAACAUUUCCGUUUCCUAAUUAUUUUUUUAUUUUAUAUUGUAUUUUUAUACACAUGGUGUUUCAUGAUGGAAAGGUAGAUUCAGCUAAAACAAGCCAUUUCUCAAACCCUGAGAAUGUCCAGUUUUUCAAGUCCAUACGUCUUAGUAUUCCAGUUGAUGGAAGAAGUCGGCCAUUUUGAACAACGACAUCACACGAGCUGUCAUUCUGAACUCGUGUAUGGUGUACAUUUUUGGGAGGGAAUGCAUGGUAAAUGGAUAUCUCAAAGUUGCCUGCUCCUUCUUCAUCCCCCCCAAAAUUAGUUACCACCCGUAACGGUAUGGAUAACCUUAGAAGACUUGCGCCUUUUUUUCUUUGCACUGUUAAUACCUUUUGCGCCUUCUCUGCCAUCUUAAAAAGCCUCCGUAUUGAUGCACUGAAGCCAUUUCCCUCUCCCCCCCCCCCCCCUCACCAUUAUGCACGUUGCUGCCUCAGUUUUCAGUGGCCGUGGUCAAUAUGGUCCACACAGCCGUCACCUCUAAGCGUUGUCCAUUUUACGUGUAUUCGUCCAUGUGUCUGUAAUCGCCAGGUUGAAGACGUGUCCGCCAUUCUGAGGUCCCUGCUCUACGUACAUUACUCUUUUGUUACAGCCUGCUACGUCCCCUCAUGACCUCCAAGCUUGAGACUUGUAGAGUGUUGUACGUCAUGUUUUUUUUUUUUCGUGGCUAUAAGUACGAAAUCAGGAAAAAAAAUGUGGUUGAUGAAGUCUUAAUGUUUUUUAUGAGUAAAUCUGUAAUUAGUCUUAAGCACUGAAUAAAGAUAUGCAGUAUUCA